AUGGACAACUUCUUUGAGUAUCAUGCUGAUCUCAAAGAGAGGGAGAAAGAGUUGAAAGUUGUUGUUGCUGUUGAAACUGCUGUUAUCCCAGUGACUCAUACUGAAGUUGAAGAUCCUAGAGCGACAGGUAAUGAAGUUGAGGUUGCUGAUGAAAAUCUAACUUCCUGUGAAGCUCCUAAAGCUGAGGUCGUUGAUGAAACAGUCAGAGCUAUCACUGAAGCUCGUGAUGAAGACCUUCCUAUCACCUAUGCAGCUGAUGCUGGUAAUAUGAAAGAUGAUGAUGAAGAUGAAGACGGUGAUUCUCCAAACCUUCCUGAUGCUGGUAAGGACCUUGGUGACGAUGACGAUGAAGACGAUGAUGAUGACGACUUUACCAUACAAUACUAG